CAACCUCUUCUGUUUCUCCGAUCCAUCCGUCCGUGCCGUUCCUUCCCCGAUCCGCCUCCAGCGCGCGUCUUUUGCUGCUUCUUUCCUUGUCCGGCCUUGUCCUGACUGCUCGGUAAUUUCUCGACCGCACGCGCGCAAUGACGAAGCACACCGCCUUCGCCGCGGACGACGCGAUCACCGCCGCCGCCGGCGUCACGUCGCCGCAGCCCGGCCGACGGUUCACGUCGUACCCGCCGCCGACAAGGGCGCGCGGCGGAUGCAGGCUGGCCGCUGCGGCGGCGCGGCAGGCCACGGACCCAGGCGCCGCGGGCGUAGCCGCGGGGUCCUGGCCGGAACUCGUGCCGCGCCACGCCGACUUCGACGACUGGAUGGAGAAGCACCCGUCGGCGUUGGCCGAGUUCGAGUCGGUGCUGGCCACCGCCAAGGGCAAGCAGAUCGUCAUGUUCCUGGACUACGACGGCACGCUGACGCCGAUCGUCAAGGACCCCGACAGCGCCGUCAUGUCCGAGGAGAUGCGAGACGCGGUGAGAGGCGUGGCCGAGCACUUCCCGACGGCGAUCGUGAGCGGGAGGUGCAGAGACAAGGUGUUCAACUUCGUGAAGCUGGCGGAACUAUACUACGCAGGGAGCCACGGCAUGGACAUCAAGGGGCCCACGGCACAGUCCAAGCACACCAAGGCAAAGGCCGAGGCUGUUCUGUGCCAACCAGCGAGCGCGUUCCUCCCGGUCAUUGACGAGGUGUAUCGCACGCUGACGGCGAGGACGGCGCCGAUCCCCGGCGCCACGGUGGAGAACAACAAGUUCUGCCUCUCCGUCCACUUCCGCUGCGUCCAGGAGGAGAAAUGGCGCGCUCUGGAGGAGCAGGUCCGGUCGGUGCUCAAGGAGUACCCGGACCUCCGGCUCACCAAGGGCAGGAAGGUCUUGGAGAUCCGGCCGUCCAUCGAGUGGGACAAGGGCAACGCCCUACAGUUCUUGCUUGAGUCUCUCGGUUUUGCUGACAGUAACGACAAUGUCUUCCCGAUAUAUAUCGGAGAUGAUCGCACCGACGAGGACGCGUUCAAGGUGCUGCGCAGCAUGGGGCAAGGGAUCGGAAUCCUUGUGAGCAAGAUUCCAAAGGAGACCGCGGCAUCCUACUCCUUGCGUGAACCUUCUGAGGUGAAGGAGUUCCUGCGCAAGUUGGUGAGGUCCAAGCAGCGGGACUAGUCAUGGUCCAGUCAGCAGGUGAUGAAAAGCUAGAAGCAAUCGCGAGGUCGAGAGGUCCAUCCAUGGUCGAGAAGCGAAGCUAAUUUGGUCCAUGGUCGCGGUGAAAAUAGUAACUGACCAGACUAGCUUGACUGGAUUCAGAAACAUCCGGAUUUAACUAUUGCAAGUAUGAAGGAGUUUUUUUUUUUCUUUUGAGAGAAAAGAGAGGGUUGCUAAACCGUAAAAACUAAGCCCAAGAACGGCAGAACCAGAGCUGCUCCGGGCCUCCGCCGCCGGCGCCGAGACGCAGCCUCGCAGGAAUGGAGGACGCCGGCGCCGACGGGGAGAUCGUCAAGUCGGCUGCAUGGUGCCUUUUAGCCUUCUACCUAUAUAUAUAGGUAGGCUGGGCCUCAUGGUGGGUGUGUGGGCCCUAGUAGUCCAGUACACCUUCUAUUUUUUUUUCUUUAUUAGUAGAACUAAAACGAGAACAGAACUCGCAUGCAUGCUUUGUGCCUAUGGGUUAGCUCUGUUCCAAGAGGCCCUUCACGGCUUUGCCCACUUUUAGUUUACUCUGUUAUUACCACUUUUGUUAAUUAUAUGCUUAAUUCUUUACUCUCUG